AUGGGCCAGGAACUUGAUGAAGAACAAGCAGCGCCGCCGGUUGAAUGGCAAAAUGGUGCUAAUGGCCGGACAGUAGAGAUUAUGAUUCUGAAAGCUCGUGCAGAUAUACACAUCAAUCUUCCAGCACUUAAGAAGUUGGACUCGAUGCUUAUUGAAACACUUGAUUCAAUGGUGGAUACUGAGUUUGGGUAUGUAGAAGGUGGUAGCAGGGCAGAAGGACGAAACAGAACUCCAGGUCAGAGCAAGAGAUGGUGGCUCCCAUCACCUCAGCUAAAAUCAUGUACAACUUCAUUGAUAAAUGAUCGUCCUUUGAAUACAAGGAUGUCAACAAACAGUGGAAAAAGGAAACUAAGGAGAGUUUCAGAAGGUGAUGUUGCUAAUAUGAGCAUGGAUUGUCGAAGAAAAUCAAAAAGGUGGAGAGAAGCAUCUGAGCCAGUGUUAAUAAAAAAGAAUCAGACGUUCGAGAGUAAUAAUGAAAAUGACAAUGCAUCUAACUAUUGUGAUGAGGGAAGUAGAAACGAUCGACAAAAUUCUGACGUGAUUGUAAAUGAAAGGUUCUGGACUGGCUUUUUUGGCUGAGGUGUCUUUGGUUGCAAACCACUCGCUUCAACUUUAAAGGCUUGACACCAUGGC